AGCGUUCCGGAGCAAUCCUACUUUCCCCACCACCACCACAGCGAAAUCCCCACCGCGAGAUGCCGCUCCGCCACCUCCUACGCCGCUCCGCCGCCGUCUCCGGCGGCCUCCGCCGCUCCUUGACCACCGCCGCCUCGCACCCCCCGUGGGCCGCGAUGGGCUACACGGCGUGGACCGUCGGAGCGCCGAGCGCGCAGGUGCGCUUCGCCGAGCCGCCGCGCGUCUCCGAGGUAUACGUCCCGGAGCACCUCGUCAAGACCGGCCCCCUCCCCGACCCCGACGGCGACUUCGUGCAAGGGCUUGCCGGCGUCGUCUGCGCCGCAAGCGCCGACGGCCUCCUCCUCCUCGCCUACGCGGAGACGCGCUUUUUUGCUCGCAUCGUCGCCAGGCAGGGCGGCCGUGCGCUGCGGCUGCCACCCCAAACCGACGCCCUCAAGUCCAUCGACCCCGACCACGUCCCCAAUGUCGCGCGCUUCGUCUUCAACCCCCUCACGCGCCAGAUAACCCGCCUCCCGGACCGUGUGACCAAGUUCGAGGUCUCCCCGCUUUUCAAACUCCGCAUGGGCCUCCUCACCCAGGCCGAUCGCGGCCACGGGCCGCCUGACAGGUUCGCCGUCGCCGAGCUGCAGGAGGACAACCUCAUGCUCCGCUUUCUCUCGGAAAGGGGCGAGUGGGAGAACGCGGUGGUCUCGCCGUGCCCAUUCCCGUCUGCGCGGCGAAUGAAGAUUGACCAGAGGACGCUGGCAUUUGGCGGUCGCCUGUGGUGGGUCGACGUGACCCUGGGCGUAGUCUCCGCCGAUCCCUUCAGCGAUCGGCCGGAGCUCUCCUUCAUCGAGCUGCCGAAGGGCAGCGUGCUACCUGCAAGGAGCCCGCUGCCUGACGCCGACGGCGAGUCGUCGUGGCGUCCGUACCGGCGCGUGGAUGCAAGCGAAGGGCGGCUGUGGUACGUCGAGGUCUCUCGAAAGGAACCGUUUCUACUCAGCUCCUUUGUGCUCGACAACGAUGGCACAGGCUGGACGCUGGAGCACCGGGUGGCGCUCAGCAAGCUCUGGGCGGAUGGAGGCCACCCAUGGCCAUGGCUGCCCUUGUCGGAGGGGAAGACGCCACAAAUUGAGCUUCUUGACCCACUUAACGCCAAUGUGGUGUACCUCACGGUUGACAAGAAACACGUUAUCGUCGUGGACAUGAACAUGAAGAAGGUGACUGGGAGUUACCUGUAUGGAAGGGAAUUCUCUGUACCUUGUCUUCUUCCUCCGUGGCUUGGAUCGAGCCGGAUCCCUUCUGCAGGUAAGCACGCCCGGAAACACGAGACUCUGCCAGACGUGUUGGUUCUCUGAGACAUCCAGUAGAAGAGAUGAAGGUUUCUUAUCUUAAAACUAACAGGUGGUGGUGUCUAAUCCUGAUGGUGGUAUCUUACCGGAUUCUCAUUUUAGGCGAAAUCUGGACAAGUCUUGGUUUGAUGGAGUUUUGCGAUCAACUUACUAUAUCUUGUUUUGAGGGGAAACUUGGAGUAUUUUCAGACUAUGGGUUCACAACAGAACAUUGCAGUCGAAUUGCUAAAUUCAGUCAGCAAGUAACGGGCAUCACGGAGCAUCGUGUAUGUGGUGUUUUACUACCUAGACAAUACAUUCCUAGAAAAGGAUUGACGUCUGGACAUGUUUACUCUUGUGCGAUUAUCAUAUUUACGGGUCUUUGUGUAUCCCAUCCAUGCUGCAUUGACGAUUUGUCCCAAAUAACUACCAGCAUUUGCAAUUCUAGUGGUGUACGCUUGCAUGCUUACUUGUAUGAAAACAAAAAUAUGCGUUCAUGCCAAUAAAUGGUAUGUUGCUCUUGUAACUCAUUGUGAAAUAAGAAAGAUGAUGACUCAGUUUGGCUUC